CUCAAUUUCAAGCUAGAAAAAAGAAGCAAAGCAGCCAACCAAUUUUGUAAAAGUGUACAUUCUCUCAUAAUCAGUCAUCAGCAUUUCGUAUUAAUUAAUUUCUUAACCCCUCCUAUUACUACAAACAUUCCAUUGGUGUUAAACAUGGUACAAUUCACUAAAUAACAUGUUAUAACAUCUAUAUAUAUUGUAUCAUAAUUCUCAGCAUAAUUUGUGAGGAAGAAGGAGUAGAAAAUAUCAGAAGAUAUUUUAUCAAAAUCAUAGUGUAAAAAUACAGAAUGGAAGACAAUGAUAGAGUAAACUCUGCUCCGUUAACUCCUCGGCCAGCAUCAAUGGCUCCAACACCGCCUAUAGCCCAAACUCCGUCCAUAAUAGUAUCGGCUCCUCCUUCGCAAUUCCAUUCCCCAUCUUUAUCCCGCUCACCACUCCUAACUCCGGGUGGUACUGUGAUCAGGAAAACCCCAAGAUUUCGGACUCCAAGGUUCAUUACUCCCUUGGGGAGCCCUAUAAGGAAGGCCCUCAAACUCACAAAGCUCGACCCACAAGAUGCUUGGCUUCCAAUUACUGAGUCCAGAAAUGGAAAUGCAUACUAUGCAGCUUAUCAUACCUUGUGUUCAGGGAUUGGAAUCCAGGCCCUUGUACUCCCCGUCGCCUUCACCGUUCUUGGCUGGACGUGGGGUGUCAUUUGCUUAACACUAGCAUUUAUAUGGCAGCUAUAUACACUCUAUUUAAUGGUGCAACUCCAUGAAUCAUACGAAGAUGGUAUUCGAUACAGCAGAUACAUGCAAUUAGCAAGUGCAACUUUUGGUGAAAAACUCUCCAAGUUCUUAGCUUUGUUUCCAAUCAUGUAUCUAUCAGGAGGUACAUGUGUGGCUCUGAUUGUGGUCGGAGGUUCAACGUCUAAGAUGUUCUAUCAGACUCUGUGUGGAGCCACAUGCACCUCUAAGCCAUUGACCACCGUGGAGUGGUACCUGGUAUUUACAUGUGCAGCGGUGCUUCUGUCUCAGCUGCCGAACAUGAACUCCAUUGCUGGUGUGUCGCUGAUAGGGGCUAUUACUGCUGUCGGUUAUUGCACCAUGAUAUGGGUGGUGUCCGUGGCCAAGGGCAGGCUACCUAAUGUGUCGUACAAUCCGGUGAGAGCUGGCACAGAAAUUGCAAGGAUUUUUGAUGUUCUGAAUGCACUUGGGAUCAUUUCUUUCGCUUUCAGAGGCCAUAAUCUCAUUCUUGAAAUCCAGGCUACCAUGCCUUCUGAUGAGAAGCAUCCCUCGAGCGUGCCAAUGUGGAGAGGAGUAAAAGGUGCAUAUACGAUCGUAGCAUUGUGCUUAUUCCCAAUUGCCAUUGGAGGCUAUUGGGCCUAUGGUCACAUGAUUCCAGCCAACGGUGGCAUGCUAACAGCAUUAUACACCUUUCACAGUCAAGAUGUUGCACGAUCGGUAUUAGGGUUGGUAAGUUUCUUCGUCAUAAUUAAUGCAGUGAGCUCGUUCCAAAUUUACGGUAUGCCAAUGUUUGACCACAUGGAAUCAAAUUACACGGAGAGGUUUAAGAAGCCUUGCCCGUGGUGGCUGCGAUCAAUCAUGAGGGCUAUGUUUGGAUACGGGUGCUUCUUUAUUGCGGUGGCAAUUCCAUUCCUGGCUAGUGUGGCUGAUAUAGUUUCUUUUUGGGGAAUGUGA